AUGCAUUUAGAAAAUCUUAAAAAGCAGGAGGAGGAAAACUUGAUCAAGUUAAGAAAGUUAAUAUCUAUAACAGAUCCAUUUAAUAUCCCAUCAAAAUCCCAAUUAGAUCCAUACAGCAGUAUACGGAAAUCCGUAAGUAUCCUCAGGGGGCAAAUAAAAUGUUUGAUAGAAAAAUACGUAAUUUACCUUCAAUCACUAAAUAGUUAUGAAACGCAAAGUGCAGCGAUUGAAAUUUGGUUAUUUUCGAUUAACGCUGUAGGAAUUUUUAAUACUCUUCUUCUUGAGUCAAUCCAUUUGAUUCUAAAUAGUAAUCUAAAUAUGUUCAGAGAGGGUCUGAAUUUAAACUUUACGACAUACAUCCUUAAUAUUUAUUCACAGUUACUAUUUUACAAAGAGUUAUUGGCUGGAGUUCAUAAAUCAAAAUUAGAAAAUGUUAUUUCAAAUUUCGAAAAUUAUUUUAAGAAGGUUUACAUGAUUGAAAAUUAUAGCAUUACAAAAUAUGAUGAAGUACGAGAUUUACUAUCAAAAAAGCAUAAUUUAGUUGCAUCUCUUAGGAUAAGCAAUGAUGACAUAGUAAGAAAAGGAUACUUUAGAAUGACCAUGAACUCGUUGUAUAAAUUCAGUCAAUUAGUUGAACUUUAUCAGUUGAAAAAUGGUAACAUCGCAAUAUUUAAAGUCAACUCCAGCGAGUUACCUACCUCCAUUGGUUUACCCAAACAGUUUGUGCAUCGCUUAGUUCAAGGAGAAUAUCAAUUAUUACAUUUAGGACGUUCAUUAUUAUUCCCUAUAAUAAGGCAAUAUGAUUUAAAAAUAUCACAAGAGUUACAUUGUGGGUAUGAGUUGAAAACCACUACAGGUAAUGGGACAGAACUGAGACUAACAUCGGUUGACCCAAUCCAAUGGGAUACUCACUGGAGAUUGUGUUUCGAAAAGUUAUUUAAUGUCGAUGGCAGUGUGGUUUCACCGUUCAAGGCAGACAUGGAUAGGGUCGUAAGGAAACCAUCAUCAUCUAGUCUAAAUUUUAAGGGAAAAUAUGAUAAAUUGAAAAAUAAUCCAUUUAUUGAUGAUGAUAACGUAACAGGACUUGGAAUUGAAUUCACUAGUUCUGUAGAGGUCCCGCCUGAGGAAACAACAAAGAACGAUAAUAUUUCUAGGAAGAGUUCUGGAUUUUCACUACACAAAUCGAACCCAUUACCAAAAUCAACUGAUCUCAGCGCUAUCGCCAAUAGAAGUUUAAGCACAAAUCCAUUUAAAGAACCAAUAAUAGAUAAUCAAAUUAUACAGCCGAAUACUGAAUUGGAUAUAGUUUCGGUAGAGUUGAGGAAAUCUUUGUCACCUGCUAUCGCCACAACAAAUGGCAAUUACUCGGUUAUAUCGAAAGUUAAACAAAAUGAAAAUGAUUUUGACGUCGAUAAUAAUUUAUCUUCAAAUUUAUUGAAGGGAGGUGUAGAAGUACUUAAUGGAAAAGCUAUUGAUGGGUCUGAAAACUCUCUUAAUUUAAAACACAAUCUGGAGAAUGGGGUAUACGAUAUGAACCAUAACAAUGGGAGUGCAUUACAGAGCAAAAAGCAGUCCCGUUUAGAAACUGCUGAUAUAAAGACUCUUUAUAAAUCUGGUUUGCCUUCUUCAGUACCAAAUACAAAUUUAUUUGAGGAAUAUCUACACACAUUUCUCAAUUCGAGUUAUUUACCUCUUUUUGAAAAUACAAAUAGUAGAGUAUCGUUUUGGAAUGGGACUACAUGGGAAGUACCUGUUAUGGAUGAAAAAAUGCAGCUUACAAUUAUUUCUAUAGAUAAUAAUUCUCCGCUACUAUUUUAUCACAAGAUGACAGAUAUACACUCAUGUACACUCGCGCUUCUAUUAACAACGCAAUGUAAGACUGGUAGGUCAACAGCCCAGGAUAUUCAACUGCGUGUCCCUGAUUCAUCUAUUCUCUAUGGUUCCAUCAAAAAUAGUACUAUAAUAAAUAUUAGAACUCCACAUGCUGAAGGAUUGCUAGAGGUAAUUAAAAAUUGUAUAUCUGGUAAAAUCAUUGUAUCUCACAGUAUUGGAGCUGGUAUAAGUUCCGAUGUGUUUUCGAAAUCCCAAAACAACAACGCAUUACAAAACCACAGGAAUGUACUGGUAUCUAAUACUAAAGUCAAGCUACACAUACUUAAAGAUUUUCGAUGGUACCCAGUAAGUAUUGGGAGAAUAACCAUUACAGAUGAAACGGGUGAAAAUUAUAAACAUGAACGAGUUUUAAUAUUCAUAUUUAUUGACAGCAAAAAACAGAUAAAGUUUUCUUCCAUCGAUUAUCAUAUCGACAGAUUGGGAAAUACAGGAAUUUCAUUAACCAACGCACAAGAAGGUAAAUUACUUGAGUUUACCAACCAAAGUGUGACCAAUGAAGUGUACAACCUUAUUGAAUAA